AUGCGGAGCAAGGCGCUGGCGGUGGGCGCUGACCUGUGCCCCUGCUUCGCGGGCCUCCACAGGCUGGGGCUGUGGCCCUCUCAGCCGGCCGGCCCUGCAGCUGGUGGUGGCGUGUGGCGCGGAUUGGCGGCGUGGCUGCACGCCGGGCUGCUGACCGUGGCGCACGUCGUGCUGCCCCUCACUUUAGCUGGCAACUUUCUCAACUGCCACUUUGACAGUCUCGAUCUGCUCGCCACCAACGUCUUUCUCUUCUCUGGCAUGGGAGGUGUGUCGUUAAAGGCGCUGCUGUUCGCGCUGGACAAGAGGCGCUUCGACCGGCUGCUGGUGCAGCUGCAGCAGACCCAGACGCUGUUCGCGGACAACGCGGGGGCGAGGGAGCGCUGCCGCACGAUCGCCACCAGGCUCUACAACACGCACCAUAGAGUCUCGCGGUUCACGGUGUUGGUGUGGGUGACGGUGCCCGCCGCGUCGGGGCUGCUCAGCGGCGACGCGGCCGCCGCCAGGGAGCUGCCGAUGCCGCUGUGCGUGCACGGGGCCGACGUCUCGCUGUCCCCGCACUACGAGCUGCUGUACGUCAUGCAGGCCUCGUGCCUGUUCGUCGCGACCGAGGGGAUGGUUCUGCUGGACGCCUCGCUCCUGACGCUGAUGCUCAACAUCGCUGCCGAGCUGGAGGUUCUCAACGACAACCUCGUCUCCAUAAAAGGCACCGAACGGCCGAAGGACGAAAAAUGCUGUCAUACAAAUGAUCGCUAUCCGUACUCGAAUGACAAGCGUCUCAACAGUAAUUCCAGUUCCGCGGACGACACGUACCUUCAGUUAGUGGAUAACAUAAAACACCACCAGCAUAUCAUAAGCCGAACGAUGGAACUGGAAUCCCUGAUGAGCGGACCCACGCUUAUACUCCUGUUCUACAACCUCGUCUGCAUCUCUCUCAGCAUCGUGUCUGUCGCCGUGCUUUUGCAGAUUGGCGGCUACAAACCGAUGAUUCUCAAGAUUAUGUUCGUCAUAGCGGUCUUUGUUUCCCAGUUGGGUUUUUUCUGUAUACUUGGCAACAACGUCAUUGAACAGAGCGAGCAGUUGAUGAUGUCCGCGUACAGCAGCUACUGGCCGGACGCUAAUCCUCGCUUCAAGAAGACGCUGCUCAUCUUCAUGACGCGGGCACUGCAACCCCUCCAGUUAAGGGUCGCAAAACUGUACCCGCUCUCAAAGGAAACAUACCUUCAGAUACUGAAUGCGUCCUACUCUCUUUUCAACUUGGUGUUCCAAACGAACGGAAGAAAUUAAUAAGAUGACUCAUCAACGUAAUUUACCAGCAUACAUUUUCAGAUAUUUGAAGGUUGAGAUUUAAUGCCAUAAGGAUAUAAGAGAAAACCAUUAUCAGCAAAACAGUUACUUAGAGCUUUUAUAUUUCCACAAAAAAUAUUUCAAUGCCAUUACUUUAGUUUUACAAUGAAGUGUCUUUGUUUAAAGAGAAUUUUGUAACCAAUUCAUUCGCUUAUGGACUUUGUCACAGCAGUUCUACAAUUGUAGUUUAGACUUCUCAUCAACGUGAAAACAGUGAUACUAUAAAUACUUUCGUUAUAAACAUAAAGUCCAAUUUUAAACUUUAUGCAACAUAAUCAAUCGAAACUUUAUUUUGGGAAAAUGUUUCUAAAGUGAAGUGAACUUUAUUUUUCUUAUUAAUGACAAAAAAGAACAAAAGUAGCCAUACAUUAGUGAACAUGAAAAGAUAAAUAGCAAAUGAUCUCUCUCUUAUUUUGACUUUAAUUCUAUUACUACAUUGCUCAUAA